CGCAUUGAAUUGUCUAUCUAGGCUAGAAAAAGGUUCAAAGGACGAAGCCGAAGGGUUCCUUAUAUAGACCCGGUAGCCCUGCGCCUCCUGCCGCCGCCUCCGCCGCUUAUUGUUCUGUUGGUUCAACCAACACAUCUUCAAACAAAGGUCAAACGUAAGACGACGGAGUAAGCCGACUGUGUUAAAGAGUGGCUCAAAGUGGCUCAAAUCUGGGCGACAAGGUACAAACUGCAAUCCACACGGUCCACUCUCCAUCUGUUCCUAUUUACACCAGCCAGACUACGACGUCAAACCACAGCCCCAACCGCAAUCUCACACACAAUGGAAGCAUUAGCCGCGCCGCCCGACGACGCCGUCCCCGUCCCCGUCCCCGUCCCCGUCCCCGUCCCCGUCCUUGCAGAUGUCGAGGCGCUGCUGCGGCCGCAGGCCAAAUACAAAGCGCGGUCGCACGACACGUCGCAGGAUGAGCACAUCCCGCUGCUGCAGCGCCAGGGUUCCAUCAAGCCAACCGUGGUGCUGCUCGGCGACUCGAUGCUGGAGCGCAUGACGACGACGGGCGAGUCGCCAAGCCUGAUCGCGCCGUGGCCGUCGCUGGCCAUGCUGAGCGACGCCGCACUGGCCGCGCUGGCGUCGGCAGACUCGGCCGAGCCGGACGCCAGCGAGCCGCUAGCAGCAGCAAAACGAGCGCGGCGACCAAUGGCCAGACUGGACGGCGUCUUCAAUGCCGGCGUGGGCGGCGACAAGGUGCAGAACAUGUCGUACCGGCUCGUGGGGAGCGCGGGCACGAGCGGGACUGAGGACCUGCCGGCGCUGGCGUCACUGCUCGCGGCGCGCGGUGGCGUCAAGCUGUGGGUCGUGCAGGCGGGCACCAACAACCUGGCGCCCAAGAAGGGGCUGCGAGACGGCGACCUCGACGCGCUGCGGACGAUGGUGCGUAGCCUGCUGCUCGUGCCGUCGCCGUCACCGAGGGUGGUGCCGUCCAGAGUCCUCCUGACGGGCCUGUUCCCGCGGAAGGACUUCUCGCGGGCGCUGACGGACGCGGCGAACGACAAGCUCGUCGACGUGGUCCGCGGCCUGAAUGCGGAACUGGGGAACGAGCGCGUCGUGUUCUUGCCGCCGGCGGAGGACGUCCUAGUCGAUGCUCAUCUUGUUGACCAUGUGCACUUGAGUCUGGGGGGGUAUGUCAUCUGGGUGCGGAAGCUGUUCCCGGCCGUGAUAGAUAUGCUGCGGCGGAUAGAGGGCGAGGCCGGCGAGACAUGAUUAUCGUGAAAACCCCCGAGGUGGUUAAUUAGGUAGUCGGCAAAAAUAAAAAUAAAAGAGCUGCUGUUCAAUUGGAACUGGGUAGAUGACUUGGGAAAGCCGCUAAUAGGAAAAGGCGAGUAGGGGCGGAUGUUUGUGAAUGAAUGAGUGCUGGCUGUUUCGCAAGCAAACCCCCGAGGUAGUUAAUUAGGCGGUUGGCAAAAAUAAAAAUAAAAAGAGCUCCUGUUCAAUUGGAACUGGGUAGAUCAUUUGGGAAAGCCACCAAUAGGAAAAAGGCGAGCAGGGGCGGAUAUUUGUGAAUGAAUGAGUGCUGGCUGUUUCGCAAGCAAAGAGAGUUCAGUUCGCUGGGAAGCCUAAAAAGAACUGGUCGCCGUCUUCGAAGACGACAAAAAUUGGAUGCACCGCGGAUCGAACGCGGGACCGUCUGUAGAGCUGGGUGCCGAGGCAUUGCAAAACAGAAAUCAUACCACUAGACCAUGCACCC